AGAAAUGCCACCUUGCAGGUUCCAGAUGAUGUGAUAACCAAUGGCAGCUUUUGUGGGAAUGAGUCUAGCAUGCCACUCUUAAAAAUCAGUUUUGGAAAAAGUUAUGAACACUAUUGGAGUAUAAGCUUCACAAAUACCACUUCAUCUUACAAAGGGCAUGAACUGACUUUCGCUUACAACAUCAGUGACAAGGAUACUUUUCCUGAUGCCAAGGAAGAAGGGAUAAAAGUAGUUCUACAGAAUGACACAAUGGACUAUGUUCCACUGAAUGAAAUUUACAGAUGCAACUCAGUGGAUGUAAUAUAUGUGUCUGAAGUCUUCCAGAUAUUUUGGAAUGUCCACCUUCAGGCAUUUGUUGACAAUGGAACAAUUUCCACAAAAGAAUUUGUGUGUAAAGCAGAUAUAUCGUCAACAACGGCAGCUCCCACAACGGCAGCACAUACGACGACCCCAGCAGCAAAUACAACGACCCCAGCAGCAAAUACAACGACCCCAGCAGCAAAUGCAACGACUGUUCCAGUAACAACAGCAGCACCAACUUCCUCACCACCAGUAAAACCAGACACUGGAAAAUACAAUGUCACCGGAAAGGGUGGUGAUAUUUGCUUGCUGGCUACAGUCGGUCUUCAGCUGAGUUACAGCUCCUCUACCAACAAAACUGACACAAGAAUUCUGAAUAUAAAUCCCAACUUGACACAAGCCAGUGGAAGUUGCAAUGAAAGUGGAAGAGCAGUUCUCACAUUAACUGAUGGUGGUAAAUUUGUUGAGUUCACGUUUGCUAUUCUGAUUCAAGUUUGUGUAGAUCCAUUUUCAGGUGGCAAUGACAGUCUGAACUACUGGCAAGCAUCCGUGGGGAGUUCAUACAUGUGCAACAAAGAGCAAAGGAUUGUUGUCACAGAAAACAUUACACUUAGUACAUUCAGUCUACAAGUUCAGCCCUUCAGUGUUACAAAAGGAAAUUUUUCCAAAGCUGAAGAGUGCUCAACAGAUAAGGACAACUACAUUGUGCCAAUAGCAGUUGGAGUGGCCUUGGGAGGAUUAAUUAUUAUAGUUAUUGUCGCUUACAUUAUUGGUCGUAGGCGAAGUAAAGCAGCUGGAUAUGAACAAUUUUCUUAAAUUUGCUUGUGGCCCAUUUGAGCGCAACCCAGAGAGGUAUGCAUUUGAGAAAGGACCUGCCCAUUUUUAGACUGCCUGUAAAAGUUUGACUUCAACUGUUCAUUUGCCUUUUCUGUAUUUCAGACUUGUGCCACAGUAGAACACAAAUGCUUGGACGAACAUUAAUAGUAGCAUCUCUGUUCAUUUGUUAAAAAGGGUUAAUAAAACACAGGACAGAAUGCUUUUUGUUUGUCGAUUAGAUUCACUGAAAUGAUACAAAUGUUUAAAUAUUAAAAAUACUAAUGAUUGAAGCGUUUGUGCAUGAUGCCUUUAGAAGGCUCUAGUGCCUUAAAUUGACAAGCCAAAUUACAAAAUAGUAUAACCCUAAAAUAUGCAGAACUGCAUAUGUAUUUUUUAAUUUUUGUUGAAUUGGAAUAUGCGGUUUUCUUCUGGCACUUAAAACAAGGUAUGAGUAAUGCCUUUAAGAUUAAAAUCUGGCUAAAGGUGUACGUAUGUUGUGAAAUAAAAUGUUAUUUACAGUUU